AUGAGACUUCGACCCCUAAGACAACCGCAGUGGGAAGUCACCGAUCUCAAAGAAGUCGCCCCUACGCCGAUCUACUAUGACUCCGAGGCAGAUGAACUUCAAAUAUUUAGUGUCGCUCCUCGUGAGGUCACCGGAACGUACAUGUUCGAUGGCAUAUCGUCGAAAACGUUCAAGUACUCUGACGCCUUGACUCAUUCACGCACCAAACUCAUGGAGGAGAUCUCCAAAGAUGGAUAUAAUUUCCUCCUCAUGGAAGGGUGGUCGAUAACAACGAUGCGCAAAUCGAAAGUUGAGAGGAUAGAAGUUCGAUAUCAUGCACAACCGGCAGUUGCUAGAGGGUGGCAACGUCCGCGGACGCCUCCUUAUCUCCAACUGCUUGAAAGUCAUUGA